CCUCGGCCUCGAAGCCCGCCCCCUGCCGUAAUCACAGGCGCUGCCUGACGCGAACUACCGAUGGCGGCCAGACCACCUGAAACAAAACGUCCCUGAAUUUUUUGGCUACUUGUGAAGUCAGUCUUCUGACUGAAAAAAAAAAAACCAACCCCUAUCAUUCUUCUAACAGUUCUGUGGUGGUUUAAGUGCACAAAAUGGUGGAGGCGGAGGAUAUAUGUGUAUAUUCAGGCUGAGAGAUGGCGGCAGCUGUACCUAUGGAUAUCUGAUAGCACAGCUCCUGGCCUGAGGUGCGGUAGUUUACAGCUGGAUAUAAAAAGUACGUCCUGCGAGGAAUUGUAACUGGAGAUCAGCGGGAGCUGCUGCAGGAUGGUGGGGAAGACGGUGGGAAAGCUGGUUCUCCUCCAAAAGCAGGAGACACAGGUCGUGUGUGUACAGCUGACACUACCUGGGAUCUUCUAGGUUCCUAUGCUCUGCCUUAGUGAGAGGAUUGCUGGUCUCUGCUGUGGCCAUGGUGCUCAUGCUCUUGUAAUGCCCAAGAAGAAUCCCAAAGCAGCAUGACUGCUGUAGAAAUCGCAUUGCUGACAGUACCUGGUUUCUUCUGUUACUCAGUUACAGUUCGCAGGAGUUAUUGUUAGAAAUGCAUUCAAUAAAGCCAGGCAAAAUAAGCACUUAAGAGAAGAAGCUUUUUAAGCCUGAAGAGGGAGAAACAAAUGCAAGAACUGUGAAAGAUUCACACAUAUAGAAGCUGAUUCAGCCUACAGAAAAAAAAAAAAAAAAAAAACAACAAAAAAAAAACCUGCUUUGCAAUGAACUUGUGUGUUAACUACUUGAGCUCUGGUAUGUGUAGGUGUGGCUGUGGCCGUGAAAGGAGCAGGGCAGGGUAUGUGAAUUGCUGCGGCUUUGGGAGAGCUGUAUGUGGGUUUUAUUUAUUUUUCUAUAUAUGUAUAAACUCUGCCUGCGUGAAACACCUGAAACAACAAGUUCCUGAAUUUUUUGGCUACUUGUGAAGUCGGAAGAGGUAAGAAAACCCCCUAACAUUCUUCUAAAAGCUCUAUGGUGGUUUAAGUGUACAAAAUGGUGGAGGCAGAGACUAUAUGUGUAUAUUCAGGUAAAACCUAGUUAGUUUGAGUUUACUUCCUAUGUCCAAUUUUGAAUGUUUAGAAUGCGGGAUCCUUCUUCCUUGGGGGGUGUUUCUUGACAACAGAAGUAUGUAAUUAGCAUUUAAGUUGUAAGGGUUUCAUUGUGUGGAGGUAGAGAAUUCUCUUUUCUAUCACAGAAAAUGUCUACUGAAGAUUCAGUGGGGAAAUUCUGGAAAGCUAGUAUCGUUGUGGCUAGUAUGAGAUUUCAGUAGUAUGUUAACACAGGUUUUUUAGAACUUUACGGGUUCGUUUUUCUUGUUUGCUUUUUGGCAAAACUUGAAAUCCUCCGCAUUUCCAGUCCUCAUAAGUGUGUGUGUGCGUGCUUGAAAUGUGCUGUUGUUAAGUUACCUUGAAAAUGAGUUAAUCUAGAUCCUUUUUAUUAAGGAAUAAUUACCUUUUGUUUGACAGGGUUAAGACAUUAUUACAAUAUGAAUGGCUGCUCUCAAUGUGAGUCACAGAGGGAAGUUCAGUGAGCAGAGGUUGAUCCCCAAAACCUGUAUGCUAGGGGAGUGCUCUGAUCAGGGUUCAGAUUGAAUGCAAAGUUCAAAGAUGAUGGACUUGUGGUUUAGUCACGGAAGAAAAAGAAAGGAUAUGCCUUUUUACGUUCAUUUCCUAUAGUGGCCAAAGCAAGGGCAUUGUUGCCCGUACCACAAUCUGAACUGUUCAGUGCUUGACUUCAGUGCUUGUCUUAGAAGAUGCAUUUCAGUGCCUUGCCUUGCUCUCAGAAACCCUGGCUGAGCUUCUGCUGCUCAGCUGAGCCUGUGGUUCUGUAUGAAGUAUGAAGCUCUGUAUGAAGUAAGUCUUCUGAAAACUAGGGCGUCAGUGACUGACAUUGACUACAGCGAUCUUAAUUCUAGUUGUGCACUGUCCGUAUUGAUAUUUCACUACAAAACCUUGUGGUGUGAUUUCUUGGUUGUGCCACUUAGGUCUGUAACAAUCAUGUUUCUUCAGUACUUUGCAGUGUGACUCUAACUAUCAGCAUAGAUUUGCUUUAUGCGUGUAAGAUCCCAUGCCUCCUGAAAAGAAGACUGGCCAGAUCCUGCACUCCUCAAGUUUUUCUGCAGAACGACAGACAUUUUUUCCCAACGCACUGCAAUGGGAGGAUCCAAAACUAAGAUUUCUGCUGAACAGGAAAAUUUUCAGCUAACUAGUUGUAGUUAUGUAUUUCAGUACGGCAUUAUGGGCUACAGCGAGAAGAGGUGAGGCAGCCUGCACUGUCCAGGCCUCACACCUUGAUGCAGCCCCCAAAGGCAUCGCAGAGGUACUAUUUGAACUGCGUAGCUCUCAGAACAUCACUGCCAAACUGCACAGGCUAUUGAUCGUGGCAGAUCACUCACUAAGGAAAAUUCAGCAUUGAUUGCAGUUUCUGAAAUUUAAGCAGCAAACAGAGCAUAUUGUGUUAAUCAAGUUGGAAGUGAUGGUCAAUGAGCAAAAAAUCCAAUAAAAUGUGAUGGACACUGCUUGCCAAGACAAGGAGGAAAAGAAGGCAGAUACUGGCAAUUGCUGCUAACAUGAAACAAAAUGUAUAUCAUAAGUGUUUGGUUUAUUCUUGCAUCAUCUAUGCCUCAGGUUUAAUAUUUUGGUGUCCCAAAAUAUUAUUGGGUUUUUUCCUUAAUAGAAAAGUGAGAAUACAUAAAAUAAUAACAUAAGCUUUGCAGAAGAAUUAACACGCAAAAAUCCUUGGGACAUAAGAUUCACAUCCACCACAGGUACAGUGACACACACCAGCCAAUAUUGUUCAUUAGUAUUAAAAGAACUGGCUAGCAAGCCUGGCUAUACCUGUGCCCUGUAUAAGUCAGGAGUGCUACCUUUAUUUGUUCUUUGAGGAGAGGAAAAGAGCUAGGGGAAGUUCUUCAGACCCUUUUGAAGCUAUUUGGUUCAAGAGGUAAUUUCUCCACUGCAGUACUCUGCAUUUUAGAAUAGUGUGCCUGGGUGGAGGAAAGGUGCAGUCUAUCAGUUAGAGUAAGGUUAUUAUUUUUAGAUUAGAAAGGUGCAGUCUAUCAGUUAGAGUAAGGUUAUUAUUUUUAGACUGUGCACAAGAAUGUCCAGUUCAUUGCUAUUUAAGUGAGAAACGAGAAGAUACGAUGGGACAACCUUCUCCUCCUUUGCAUUACUAUCCUAGGUGUCCAUACACACAUUUUUGGAAGUGCAGCUGAUGCCCUUUUGGUCUGGUUAAGAGUAAAGUGUGAAAAGGUCUUUAUAUUUGCAGUAUUUGCAAAUGCAGGCAGAUUUCCCACUUCAGAAAGUCAAAUGUUGCAGCAAUCAGAAAUAUAUUUUAGGAAGUCGAAAAAUCUGGCUUGACAAGGCACGUGUUAAAUCCUUUUGAAAAUGGUACUUGACCAUUUUUACUCGAUGUCCUGUUCACAAAUGAUGAAGAUUAAUAUUCCCUAGCUCUGUAAGAACACUGAAGGUAAACACUUUCUAUUUAUUACAUGGUAAUGAGAGGGCCUCAACCUUCGUGAAAUGUGUAGUAUUACAGAAUGACCUAAGGCCAGAAAUCUAGGCCAAGACUGUUGCAAACAAAAAACAUGAUACAAAGGCCUGUAGUUCUUAAUAAGCUGUACAAAGGAAAUGUUAUAAUUUGGGUGUGUAUUUUACGUGCACUUAAACAGGUUUUCUCCCCUCCUUUUAUGUUGUUGAUUUGACCUGAGUCUACUAUGAACCAGAGAAGACAUGAAAGGACAGAAAAUUCCAUCUCUUCUCAUCUAUUUAUUUCAAACAGGUGCUACGCUUUGGGGUUUUACAGAACAGAGCACAGUAACAGGGCUGUUUUCCAAGGAUUGCAUCCUCCCUUGUUCUUUCCCACCUGGUGAUGAUGAAGUAAUUUACUGGAAGAAAGGGGACAGAAAUGUGCACAGCUACUACUACCAGAGAGAUCAGCUGGAAAGUCAACACCCGGAUUACAGACACAGAACACAGCUUUUCCACCAGAACAUUCCUAGUGGGAAUGCUUCCUUGAAACUCAAUAGCUUGACUGUGACUGAUGAGGGCUCUUAUAAUUGCUAUGUGGGAACACAACAAGGUAAAACGGAAGUGGAAGUCAUGCUGCAUGUAAGAGUUCCCUCUUAUUAUGCACUGGAAUACCAAAAGACAGACACAGGAAGAAUACUGAAGUGCUAUGCCUUUCUCACUUAUCCAGCACCACAUAUAUCUUGGGUACAAGGCAAUACCUCCAUCCAAGAAACAGAUCGGCAAGAAACCAGGGAUGGAGUUCUGUAUUCUCUUAGAAGUGACCAGAACAUUGUAAACACAGCUGAUCCUUAUCAGUGUCAUAUUCAUCUACCUCAUGAAGAGUGGGCUGCUGAAUGGAAAAUGCAAGACCAACUGUCUAACAUGGAAGGAAGUAGCAUUGUGAUUCCUUGUGAAUACAGCGAUAACUCUACAAACACUGAAGGUUUCAGUGUUGUCUGGACAUUAAACAGAAAUGCGGUGAUCUCAGUCCUGGCCUCCUUCAAUGGUUCAUCUCACUCUUACCAACCUCGAGUCCAGAUUAACCAAAAUGACUUUUCACUGAUGUUGCAUGAUCUUACUGCAGAUGACAGUGGAGAAUACCUGUGUAACAUUUCAACACCUCAUUACACAAAACUUGCUGUGAGAACUUUACAAGUUGAAUAUUCAGGUAACACCAAGAACAUUGUGCUAGGAGUGACUGGAGCGAUUGCAACAGUGAUACUGGUACCAGUAGCCUGGAUCUGGUUCAAGGUCUGGCUACAUUGAUGGAGGACUGGAUAGAAGAAACAGGAUUUUUUUCUGCACUGAAACACAUAAGAAGAGGAAUCAUAUAAGCACCUUGACAUAACGGAGGAAAAUCACUCUACACACACAGAUACUACUGAGAUUGCUGCUUAAAAGAACAGAGAGUUUCUUCACCUUCCUUAUUGAGUUACAUUUAAAGCCACACGGUAACAAACAACUGAACUGAUGGGGGAAAAAAGAAGUAAGUCAAUUGACACUUGUGUGUAAAGAGUUGGCAUGAAAAAUUGGAACUUGAAGAUCUUAAAGGGACAAUGAAAAUGUUUCUACAAAGGAAGUUUCAGUUUUGAGGGAUUUUUUCUUUUUUCAGUAUGGAAGAAAGAGAGGGCUUACUGUUUUGCACUUCAUUUAAUAUUUUAAUUUCAAGCAAAGACAACCUCCCUGUUUAAAAAUUGAAAAGAUCUAAGAGAACACACCUCAUGGGUCAUGUCCCUUUACAGCGUCUCCUAUGUCUCUACUGCAGCUGGUGAACAAAAGUCCUAUGGCUGGUGGUAGUGGAAGCUUCUAAACUGACUGUUCAUAUGGAAAAGUUGAUGUCCUGCUCUCCUACAAAACUCGUAUAGCCUCCGACUAGCAGGACAGAUGGAACCAGGGUUAUCCCAGCUUAAGGGCUGUCCCCCUGCACAGGUUCAAUCUGUGCUGCUUUAGCAGUCUGCACAUGAAAUGCAUGUGGCUGUGUAGUGUAACUGGAUUUGCCCUUGGUUUUGAUUCUCUCAGAGAUCUGCCAGUUAGGAUUUGUUCCAACAUAAUGAAGUGGGCUAUUGGCAAGAUGUAAGCUUUUAUCGAUCCCUGGAGCUUGGCAAAAUAGAAACACAAAUAAAUGAAUGGAAUACACUGUA